AUGGAUCCCGAGGUCUCCUUGCUGGUGCAGUGCCCGCUGGGUGGGCUUCCUGAGGAACAGGUGCGAGCAGAGUUGAGCCCAGCCUAUGACCGGCGCCCACUGCCCGGAGGAGAGGACUCCAUCAUUGCUGCUUGGAAUGCCCGCCGGCAGGCCCAGCCCUGGCUCUUCAAUGCUCCCAAGUUCCGACUGCACUCCGCAGCCUUGGGGCCCCUGGACCCCGGCGGACCCUGUCUGACGCUGCGAAUGGGCCUCACCUCCUACCAGGAUUUCCUGGGCACCAACUGGGCUGGUUCAGCAGGCAGGCUGCGGUGCCAGGGGAAAGCUGACUGGGGAGAUGCCCAGGCUUAUUUGGCAGACCCCCUGGGAGUGGGUGCCAUGCUAGGCACUGCAGAUGGCUUCCUGGUCUUUCUACGACGGUCUCUGAGGGUGGCUGAGGCCCCUGGGUUGAUAGAUGUGCCAGGGGGGCACCCUGAGCCUCAGGCCCUGUUCCCUGGGGACACGCCCCGGCAUGAGGAUCUACCUGAGGACCUGGUGGUUCGGGAGCUGUUCUCCUCCAUCCUGCAGGAGAUCCGGGAUGAGGUCAAUCUGCCCUUUUCUACUUUGAGCCGCCCCCUCCUUCUGGGCAUUGCCCGAAACGAGACCAGUGCAGGAAGGGCCAGUGCUGAAUUCUACGUCAGCUGUAACCUGACCUCUGAGCAGGUGAGGACGCUCUACAUGACUGGAGGGCUGGAAGCCCAUGAGUCCACUGGCAUCAUCUUCAUGGAAACGCAGUCCGUCUUUCUGCCCAGAGAGUGCAACGCCUGCAGGAGGAGCCCGAAGCCUGGGGCGAGCUCUGCCCCUCAGCCAAGGGCGCCAUUUUGCUCUACAACCUAGCCCAGGCCGGGGUGGCCUGAGGGCAGCCCCUACCUCCUGGGGUCCUGCACCCCUUCCUCAGCUCCCCUCCACCUUUCCCUCCCGGGCUGUAUGGACGAUAAAGGAUUUAUUCUUGGAGCCGUGGUGUCCACUCUGUCUUGUUUGGGGACUGUGCCUAGGUUUCUCCCAGCCCAGCCCUACAAAGAGGCGUGAAUUCACUGUGUGACCCCAGUCUUCCCCAUCUGCUGGAAUUUAGGAGUUGGAAGGGGCCUUGAAAACACCCAGUCCAGGGAUUCUUAGCCUUUGUUGUGUUCCGGACCCCUUGGAGCACCUGGUGAACCCCCAGAAUCCUCCUUGGCAUAGUUUUUUGAUGCAUAGAAGACAGAAUUAUAAGGAACAACUUCUAUUGACAUAUUAUCAAACUAUUAAAAAAAAACUAACCU